AUGUCUAUGGGAAAUCCUGAACCAGCUGUGGAGGAUCCGACAGUCGUAGAAGACGCCAACUUCAUUCAUGGGAGGAACUUCGGGAAUUUCCAGCGUGGACAGCAGAGCUUCUCGGUUACCAACGGAGUGAUAAACGAAGAGAAGAAGCCGAAUCUUGAGAAGUUGCUAAUGAAGUUCGUGGCCAAGUCCGACGAGAUGAUGGAAAAGUUGGAGUCCAAUGCUGCAGCUGUGGGGACCCAGAUGAAGAUGUUCGAGACCCAAUUGGGUCAACUGGCCAAUGCUUUCACGAAUCUACACCAACAAGGUCAGUUUCCGAGCAAUACAACUGUUAAUCCCAAGGAGCAUUGCAAGGCAAUCAAUUUGAGGAGUGGGACUACUUAUGAGGGACCCAAGAUGCCUGAGGAUGAGAUCGUGUCGCCGGUUGAUGAGAAAGAAGCUGAGGAGGUCACCGUUGAGCGACAUCAGAAAGAGAAGGUGAAACAGCAGUUCUCCAAGUUUUUGGAGAUCUUCAAGAAGUUGCACAUCAAUCUUCCAUUGGUGGAGGCGUUGCAGGAGAUGCCACAAUAUGCAAAAUUCUUGAAGGACAUCAUCUCGAGAAAGAAGCGGCUGGGAGAGUUUGAGACGGUGAAUCUCAACGAGGAGUGCAGUGCGAUCUUGCAGAAGAAGCUCCCAGCCAAGCUUAAAGAUCCUGGCAGCUUCACUAUUUCCUGCAUCAUUGGAGGCCAGCAGUUUGGGAAGGCGCUAUGCGAUUUGGGGGCAAGCAUUAAUCUCAUGCCCUUAUCUAUUUUCCAGCAGUUGGCUAUUGGAGAGAUGAAGCCGACGUCGAUCGCGUUGCAGAUGGCAGAUAGGUCGGUGACGUAUCCACGGGGGAUAGUGGAAGACGUGUUAGUGAAGGUCAAUGAGUUUAUAUUCCCAGCUGACUUUGUGGUGUUGGAUUUUGAGGAGGACAAGACCAUCCCGUUGAUCCUAGGGAGACCGUUCUUGGCCACAGGAAGAGCCUUGAUAGAUGUGGCUAAUGGGGAGCUCACUUUGAGAGUGAAUGAUGAGAGCCACACCUUCUCCAUAUAUCGAGCUUUGAAGUUUUAUGAUGAGAAGGAAGAUAUUGACAUAGAGGAGUGCAAGUUGUUGAGCCUAGUUGAUUCCUGUGACACACCAUCUUCAUGGAAGGGUCUCGGCGACCCUCUUGAGGCUUGCAUCUCUCAUUUCUUUUUCUCUACUGAUUUUGAUUUUCCUCUUGAUAUGCAUUUGUUUUCUGAUGAGUUAUUUGAGUGUUGUAGUGCAUUGGAGAGUGUUGCAGAGAUUGCACCUAGGAGAGGACGAUUUCUGGAGCUGUGCACCGAGGAGGAGAAGAAAAAGAUGGAGGAGGAAAAGGGGACCGCCCCAAAGCUUGAGUUGAAGCCGUUGCCGGAUCACUUGAGAUACGCCUUCGUAGGUGAUGGUGAGACGUAUCCGGUAAUUGUAUCAGCUCAUCUUACUUCUUGUGAAUUGGAUUCUUUGUUGCGAGUGUUGAGAAAGCAUAAGUCUGCUAUUGGUUGGUCGAUCUCUGAUUUGAAAGGGAUUAGCCCAAGUGUCUGCAUGCAUAGGAUUUUGCUUGAUGAUGAUGCUAGGCCUAGAGCGUGA